GAACCAGGGAGGGCGUGAACCCAGCGGAGCGAUGAGCUGCGUCCUGCAAGCCCGCGACAUGCAAGGUCGGUGGGGCACAAUUGCCCCACUGCUCGCUUUUUGCUGGGCAAGAGUGGGUCUGAUGAUGGCGUCGGGGCCUGGCCCAGAAAGUCACCCCCGACCAACCAGGCUGUGGUUCGUGCCCCCUCUUGUGACCGGCGGUUGUCCUUGCUUUUCGUCGGUGGAGGACUGUACUUGUACGUGCACACACUGUGUGAACAUGCCACUGCGCGAAUCAAGGAAGAACCUCAACCGACUUACACAGUACUGUGAUAUGAUCCCGCCAGGACCGAUGCCGGCAGUCCAACUGGCAUCUCUCACGAGCGGUAGUGGCCUUCAAAAUCUGGUAAUUUGAAGAGCCAGCCAGAAGCGUUUUCCGUUGAAUGCACUUCAGAACGUCUUUGAUGGCUUGACCUGCACAUACGCAGUAAAGAGACUGAGUCCUCGGUCAACAGCACGGCAUGCCCAUCAUCUGAGGUACAGAACCUGAUACCAAAAUUCGACUAAAGUCAGCUUGUCGGCGAGCAACUUUGAAGUCCUAUGGUUUCGUUGUCGAGCAGCAACUCCGUCUCCCCUAUCAAGAUGAUCUUUACACAGCAAAGGCCUUCAAAAGACUGCCAAAAGUAGAGACUCAGGUGAGAA